AUGGUGGCGAGAGGGCAUGGGCGAACGGCGGUCGAGUGCCGGACAAAGAUGAAAAGCCUUCGUUCUGAGUAUCGGAAGGUGGUUGCAGCAAGCGCGAAAUCCGGUUCUGAUAGGAAGACCUGCCCAUAUUUCGAUGAAUUGGACAAGAUUCUACAUGGCGAUGUGGACAUUCGUCCCUGCAGAGUCACGCAGACCACAAAGCGGAGGCGGCCUAACUCUCAGUCCUCGGGUGACCAUGGGGAUGAGCCCUCCCAGUUUAUUGUGCUGUUCUCGGAGGCAGAGACAAGCGAGAUUGAUGCCUUGUCAGCUGGAGGACAUACAGGAGGGGAUGUGGAAGAUGAAGAUGAUGAUGAGACCCAAAUAGAUCAUCUCCCCAUGUCAGAGGGCACGGUGACACUGCAUCUGACAGAGGUGACAGAGGAAGAAGAGAUGCGUUCAGGCGAGGGGCGAGAAGGAGAUGGUGGUGACAGCCAAGCAGCGCCAAGCACUCCGUCAAAGAACUCUUCCUGUGGAGAAGAGAGGGACCCUGACAAUAUACCGCCAGGCACUCUUAUGUCAGAGCUGACUCCCCGGACACGUUUGGCGGUCAUGAGAGCGAGAAAGAAGAGAGUCUCCGCUCUCCAGAAGGUGGGAGAGAACCUGGCAAAAGAAGCCUCCCGUGAGAACAGAGCUCUGAUGCAGAGUGCUAGGGAGGAACAUCAGGAACUGCUUGAAGAACUGCGGGCGUCCAGGCAUGCGGAAGAUGUAUCUAGGGAGUCCAUGCAGGGGUUUAUGAAGGCUGCCGCAACAUCCCUCAGUGACAUCUCUAAAACACUAGUCCCACUUGUGCAGUUGAUGGCAGCUCGGCAGUUAAGCUUUUCGGGGAGUGACACAAUGGCAGCUGAGAAGUCAACUUUGCCUGCCAUAGGUGGGGACGGAGACAUUGGUGGUGGUGUGCAUUGCAACGAUGCAGUGGCCCCCAACCCAGGCACCAGUCAUAGAGUGAGGCGCCAGCCUAAGAGGAGGAAUGCAUACACUCCAACAAAGUAGGGGCGCACAAACCUGCAUGCAGACAUGUUAGGGGCCAGCGUGGGGAUAGUUUUCACAGAAUCGUUAACGUUAUGAACCCACCACCCACCAUCACGUGCAUUGCUAAGUGUAAAUCAUGCAGAACGUGGUUAUUUUGACUUUGAGCUGUUGGUAUUGCAUUGCAGCUGGAUGCACAUUUAGGUGUUCCUUGUUGUGCUAAGAAAAUAAAGUGUGCCUUAUUUCUUUGCAA